UGUCUUUUACCUUUUCCAUCCUCACUCUUCCUUCAACUCUCUCAUCAGGACCACUGGAGGAUGGGAUGCUCUGACGCACAACAACAACAACAACAACAAGGCUUUGGAAAUCAACUUUUAUUUAUUUUUGUGGAUAAACUAGCACAGUAACUCCAAAAACUGAAGAAGGGGUGAGGUGGGAGAAUUAGUUUUUGUUUUCUUUUCUUUUUUUUUUUAAGCAUCAACUAUAAGAAGCACCCACUUGCGUUGCAUUUCCCAUAUGUCUCGAAAGCAGGGCGACCAUGACUACAACCUCCGGAGUAUGAGCAACCUGAUGGGCGAGAGGUGGAAGAAAGUGAAUGAUGGAGGAGAGAGGAGUCUCAUCAAGGCUGCAUCUCCAUCCAGCUCCAGCAUCAGCAGCCUGCAGGGUGCAUCAGCUGCAGCUCCAUCACCAUCACCAGGCGCACCAGCACCUCCAUCCUCCUCCACCUCCACCUCCACCACAACCGGUGACUUGGAGAGGGCUGCACGCAAGCAGUUCCAGCAGGAUGUCACCCCAGGUUUCGUCUACAUCCUGGCCUCCUUCUCCGCCCUGGGAGGGUUUCUUUUCGGCUACGACACCGGGGUGAUCUCCGGAGCGAUGCUGCUGCUGAAGAGAGAGCUGGAUCUGAGCGCACUGUGGCAGGAGCUGCUCAUCUCCAGUACUGUGGCUGCAGCCGCUCUCUCUGCGCUGCUGGGAGGCUUCCUCAACGGGCUGUUCGGCCGCAGAGUGUGCAUCCUGAUGGCCAGCUGCUUCUUCACCGUGGGGGGCAUCGUGCUGAGCAGCGCACCCGGGAAGGAGGUGCUGCUGGCGGGGAGGCUGGUGGUCGGAGUGGGGCUGGGUAUUGCUUCUAUGACAGUGCCAGUGUACAUCGCCGAGGCCUCUCCGCCCCACCUCAGGGGUCAGCUGGUGACGGUGAACACCCUCUUCAUCACCGGCGGACAGUUCACUGCCAGCCUCGUCGACGGCGCCUUCAGCUACCUGCAGCGCGACGGGUGGAGGUACAUGUUGGGUCUGUCGGUGGUCCCCGCCGUGCUCCAGUUCGUGGGAUUCCUGUUCCUGCCGGAGAGCCCUCGCUGGUUGAUCCAACGUGGCCUGACCCAGAAGGCCCGCCGCGUGCUCAGCCAGAUCCGAGGCAACCAGAACAUCGACGAGGAGUACGACAGCAUCAAGAACAGCAUCGAUGAGGAGGAGGACAGCGGAGGAGAUGGCCCUGUGAUUUGGCGGAUGCUGACCUACCCCCCCACUCGGCGAGCCCUCCUGGUGGGCUGUGGUCUUCAGAUGUUCCAGCAGCUUUCAGGAAUCAACACGGUCAUGUACUACAGCGCCACCAUCCUGCAGAUGUCAGGAGUGCGGGACGACAGGUUGGCGAUCUGGCUGGCCGGACUCACCACCCUAACCAACUUCCUCUUUACCCUGCUGGGAGUGUGGCUGGUGGAGAAAGUGGGACGCAGGAAGCUCACCCUGGGCAGCAUCAUAGGUACAUGUUUGAGUUUGAGUCUGCUGGCCGUUGGUUUCCUGAUGUCUGCCCAGCACAGUCCUCCUGUCACCUUCCACCCGUUAGACCCAUCUAUGGCCAACUCUACCUGCUCCAAAUACCAGCUGUGUGAGCCGUGCAUGCUGGACCCAGGAUGUGGCUACUGUUACCGUGAGAACGCCUCGGCGCUCCUCACCUCCUCCUGUGUGCCCGUCAACAAGGCCUCCACCGAGCAAGCAGCAUGGGGCAGAUGCUCCAACUCCAGCUUGAUGAGAGAUCAGACCUACUGGGCCUACAACUACUGUCCCACGUCCUACUCCUGGCUGGUUUUACUGGGUCUGGUCCUCUACCUGGCUGCCUUCGCUCCAGGGAUGGGCCCGAUGCCGUGGACCAUCAACUCAGAGAUCUACCCUCUGUGGGCGAGGAGCACAGGCAACGCCUGCGCUGCCGGAGUCAACUGGACCUUCAACAUCCUGGUGUCCCUCACUUUCCUCCACCUGGCUCAGUACUUCACCUACUACGGAGCUUUCUUCCUCUACUCCAGCAUGGCUCUGCUGGGCUUCUUCUUCGUCUACGGCUGCCUGCCGGAGACCAAAGGCCGCCGCCUGGAGGAGAUCGAAGCGCUGUUCGAAAACCAGCUCUGCUCCUGCGGCGUCUCCGAUUCGGACGAGGCGCGGCAGGUCGAAUACAUCCGAGUCAAAGGUUCGAACUACCAUCUAUCGGAUAACGACGCAUCCGACGUGGACUAGGGAGAGUUUGAGUUUUAGUUAGCUUCGGUGAUCGCUGAGUGUAAUACUUUUCUUUUUGUUGUUGUGUGUGAGCUGAGGAGCCACUGGUUACCCUCACGAUGAGGUUAAGAAGGCCUUUUAUGCUUGUAUCAUAAUGUGAGUGAGUUCCCUUCCAAUACAGGGAUACAUCAAACCGGCACAUACGGGUGAUUCACAAAAAGUCAAGGCCGCGCCCCCUUUUGUGGGAAAGAAAACCCAAGAUCCGAUAGAAGUUCGUACGCAUUCAUCUCUUGAUAAACAAACGUUUGUUUGAUACACAUCUAAUAAUUAUUUUGCGAUCUUGCCUGAUGCUGAUCGCCGUCAUGUCCCUUCAGUCUUCCCCCGUCUAACACAGUAUUU